AUGGGAAACGGAGGCGAUUUCGGAAUCGCGCUUUAUGAAGGUGGUCAUGAAUUGGUUGGAUGGGUCAAUGAUGUCAGCUGUCAUGGUAGCUCAACUAUAUUAACACAGACCUCUCGCCAUAAUCAGUGGUUCCAUGUGGCACUCUCGUGGAUGGGUGAUGAAGUUUAUCUCUUCCUUAAUGGAAAUCUACUUUCUACCUGCAAAAAUAGUUCGGCCUAUCGGAGAAAUGGACAGCAAGUCUACUCUGACACAUUUUCAAACAAUUCCUUAAUGCUGAUUAUACCUCCUAGCAGUAAUCGAGAUUAUCGACUUGCUGUAGGCAUAGUCAAUAUCUGGGAAACAAUUAUUGAUUCUGAAAUGGGAAUCAGUGAUUUCAUGGGACUGACAAGAGCUGAGGGAACUAACUUCGCAAAGGCUUCACACUAUUGGCCCAUGAAUGGUCUUCUAACUUAUCUUGCACCGGGUCGACUUCUCACAUCCAAUGUUGUGACAUCUAAAGAUAGGCGCAAUGUCGAUGGAGCUGCAAUGUGUACCACGGAUUCUAAACUAUCGCAUAUUGUUUUAACUGGCGACAUUCGACCAGGUGGAAAGUACACAAAUCUCUUUUACUCGUGUCUCUACACCCUCUCCCAGUGCACUAAGAUCAUAUUUACGCUAGAUUUCCUUCUCAACGGAGACCAUGGCUAUGCGAAUCGAGAUUACGUCCUGUUGGCUUCUCCGUCAGGUAGAGCCAAUGUGGGGAUUACGAUCACAUUGAACCCAAUUGAGCAGCUGCUUAAAGUUGAACAUCGCAGUAAUACGAAGAACUGCAGCAGUUGGGCUAACUUAGAGGACAUUAAGCACGUGGGUGGUAAAUGGAUUAAUCUUCAGGUCUUCAUUGCUGAUGGGAGUGUCACUCUUCAAUUGAACGACAUGGAUGUUCAAAAUUUGAAUCCGACCUUGUGUACUAUCAGCCAGUUCUCUCCUCUAGACUAUACUUCCAGUCCUUUUCCGAAGAUAGUUAUUGGAGAGGAGCUGGGUGUCUGUGUAUCCAACGUAGCUAUUAUCGAGAGUUCAAAACAAGACGAUCUGGUUCCUCCUUCUAUGGUGGAAGUCUGCUAUCCUGGAGCAGAUGUCAUUUUCCCCCUCGAAGGUUCAUUUCCAAAUCGGUUCGGAAAUCCAAAUAAGGCAGCUGAUCUCAGUACAUUUACCGGAAGAAAGAUUUCUAAGAAACUAAGUGGCUGCUUGAACAAUUUGAUGGUGUCAUGUUCAGAAAUCUCCUUGUCAUUUUGGCUUUUAGUCAAACGAAUGGAUUCAUCGAUAGUUGACAUGAAUAAUUAUAUGGUUAUGUCCACUGGCCCAACCACUUAUCAAGGGAUUUCAGUAGCAAUUGAAUACCCCACCAUUCCAAAUAGCUUCAACCUGAUCGUUAAGCUGGUCACAUUUGAUUCAAUCUAUCUAAUUUUCUCCACUAAUUACUGGAAGACGGACGAAUGGGUAAACGUUGGUAUAGUUGCGACAAAUGGAGAAAAUUCUAUGGGUAUAACUAUGGAACUAUAUAGAAAUGGGCUUCCACUAAUGACAACAAGUUCACCCUUCUUUAAAGAUGCGUCAACUUUUUAUCCGAAAAAUCCUAAUUCCGGAGUGUAUUUUGGAUCAUCGAUAGCUACCAUUCCAAAGAUGAACGCCGUCCAUAUUGCUUCUGGCGGGGUGAACAUGUUUGCUUUCUGGCUCCAACGUGCUGCUUCCUGCGGAACACCAAGAUCAAGUUACAUGCAUUUGAUGGGUGAAUGCAGCUCCAAUGAAACUCUUCCGGAGGUUGUUCCUUGUCAAAGUGCUUCGAACUGCCGGCUUUCAACCAAUGGGGUUUGUCUGGAAAACAGUGUUGAUAAUAUCUAUUCAAUGGCUCGAGGAGUAAGCUUAAUAUCAUCCCCGUCGGCUAUUCUCUCCCUCCUUCAUAUCGUAGAAGAUGUUCUAGUAAACCAGUCUAUAAUUUCUGGGUCCGAAGAUGAGAAGAAGCUCCUGUGGUCAGGAGUUGUGCUCUUAAAUCGGCUCUCGAUAGUUGAACAAUCCAGCGCAUUUGAAAUUGAACUACUCCAAAACAUGGCAGAAGACACCUUAGAUUACCUACUUCAAUUCCUUGAUGUUCUUCUUAAACCAAGCCAUAAGAACGUUUGGAGGGAACUGCGGGAUACUUAUCUAACUAAACCACCAGAAAUUGUUGAAGCUAUGGCAGCCAUGUUGAGAGCUCUCCGACUCGAAAAUUCUUCAACUAUCGAAAUUGCGCGAAAAACUAACUUCGUUACCAGCUUUUCAAGUUUCAAAAAUGCUCCCACCUUUAAUGGUGUGCAGCCAAUGAAGGUCUUUGAAUCACCAACCAGUUGGAGGAAUAGCGAUGUGAAGACCUAUACGGUAUCGAUUUUAGGAGCUGAUACGCCCAGUGAAACUAUGGAUAUACUCACUCUACCCAAACAAUACUUCUGGAAGGAUGCCGAAAAUGAUAAUAAAUUAAAAUCAGGUUCAAUCAACUCCCCAGUUUUAACAAGUUCCGUAAGAUCGCUCACCUCGGUUGAAAACACUCUGUACGACUACACAAUCAAUUUACUAAUCAAAAACGAGUUUAAAGAGAGCGCUACAGCGAGAAGAACAGAUUGUUUGCAUUGGAAGGCUAAGAGUGUUGAAGAGACUGGUGAGGGACUUAUGGAAUACGAGGUGAAGUGUGUCUACUGGGACGAGAAAAAUGGCAGUAGAUGGAAUUCUGAGCAAUGUUCUGUUAUAAAAUCCAACGUGACUUACACGGUGUGUCGGUGUAAUGGUACGGGGUCAUUUGCAGUAGCCAUGUCAUAUCCAGAUGAUGACGACUCCUUCUGGAAAACGGCUGGUGCAGUAUCCCAAGAGUGGUAUGAGUUGCUUAAACUCUUCCUCAACAUCGCUACCAAUUCAAUAUCCGCCGCCUCUCUGGUUGUGUUAGCCCUUUAUUUGAGUUGGAAGAAUACGCUUCCAGAACUUCGAGAUCACACUAAAGUCAAGCUCAACUUGACCAUGGCUUUCAUCGGCUACCACCUCUGUUUCAUGAUCUUCCCAUUACUGGAAGAAAUUGAAGUCCUUUGUAAGAUAAUUGGAGCUCUAGAACACUUUUUCACAUGCGCUGCACUGGGCUGGCAAUGUUUGAAUAGCUGUUACAUCUUCAAUGCCCUGAUAAACGGAAAGUUAAGGAGUUCUUGGAAGAUGAACAUUUGUAUCGCCUGGGUUGUGAAUGCAGUUAUCGUGUCAGUGAUUGCCUGUUCAACAUCUGCCAGUGAUUAUGGAACGGGACUGAUGUGCUCACCUACAGGACUCUCCAGCUACAUUGCGAUGGCCGAAUCCUCACUCUUCCUACUCGUUUCACUUGCUGCUUGCACUAUACUGCUCUGUAAUAUCGAUACUCCAGCCUAUCUACACCCCAAAAUUAUUGAAGCACUACAAAACGAGAUGUAUGGAAGUGUGACCAUGACGGCUUUCAGUUUGGCAGUAUUCGUGACCGGCGUGGUUAUGAUUUAUGACAACCGCCCGUAUAUUGUCUUUAUCUUCUGGAUGUUGAAUUCUGUUCAAGGCUGUCUCAUUGCCGUAGUAAUGGGUCUUCUGGAUAAGAGCAAUGUGGUUCGGAAGCGCAAAUUCAGUGAAUUCGUGGAGACUUCACAGAUUCUCGGAAGCUCUGUGAACUUCACCCAAGAUAAGGAAGAGGUGAAUGAACACAGUGAAUUUGGAGAUCUUGAGAUUGGCGAUGGCGUAAUGAUCGGUGAUGAAAUGGACAGCGAAAAGAGUGAGAAGCGAGAAUAA